GCACAGUGAAAAUCUGAAAAUUUUCCCAGCCAAUAAACUGCAGCUGGCACCUCUCACUCACUUGUCAUGUGACUGCAUGGGGUCAAAGGUCAAAAGGUGUUCCUUGGAUUUCCAGCCAAUGGAAGGCUGCGGUAGAGCGCUGUCAGACCUAGGAUUGUCAACCAAUGCGCUAGCUUUUGUCAUAGGGGCUUUGGACACGGCAUUUACCUGUGUUAUCAAUGUACAUUGUGACAAAUGUAAAGCGUUGCAGGCUAAUAUCAGAUGUCUGUCGGAGACUUGGGAGUUUUGUAAUGCCACCACCAGGGGGCAGCACAGCAGAGAGACAGGAGCUCUGGCCAAAGCAUUAUUGUCUGCCACGAGAAUUGACCGUUUUCUCCACCUUGUCUCUCACAUAUUUGGCAAUGAUGAGAUUUUCAACCUCAAGGAAUCGGCAUGGUUUGAGAAAUUUAAGAAAUCCGUCUGGGACUCAAGUGAUGGUGGUCUGUUGGUGACCAGUAAGGAGUAUCACACUAUCCUGAAUUCUGCCAAAAUCUCCACACAGAGGGUUUUGACCAAUUUCCUACACAGAUGGAAUAACACUGUCUCUGCCUGGGAGGGUGGCACUCUCACAACCCUGGCCAGUGAUGAUGUCAUGGCGUACGAUAUCGUCCAAUCAGGAUGGAGGACUUACCACACAGAAACUAAGGCUGUGAAGCAGUCGGGGUACACCUCCAUAUUUGAUCAGUUUGAUGCUACCUUGAAAAUUCAUCUCUGGGAAUCAAAACAGAAGCUUGAGGAAGGUUGCACCACUGCCGCAGUGGAAGUGGAGAAAUCUGACGUGAGAGUCGGGGAGGAGGUCAGAGUGAAAGUGAAACUAGACAACACAGCUGGCCCCGUGAUGCAGAAUAUAAAACUGGAACUUGACUUUCAGGCCAUGCACAAACAUGAAACUGUGGAGCAGAACUGUUUCUCAAUAGGGAAGCCAUCUUUAUCUGGAAUCAUGGGAGUGGAUGGUACUGGUCGCCUAGCAGCAGGAGUGGUGGCCUCUGCUGAUUGGAUAAUCGUUCCUCUUAACUGUUCAGCUGCCUUAGGAAAAAACCUUGUUUUAUGUUGGCUGCAAAAUGACCUAUCAGGUAGCCGGCGGGGAUUUUCUGCAAGAAUUAUCCCCAAAUUACAUGAUCAUUGUGCCAGUAGAAAAUGUCACCCUGCGCUUAUUUUACGAUUCAAAUCUUUCCCGUAA